AUGAAACCGGUGACUAAGAAGAUAACCGGUAGAAGUAACCCCAAGGAGAAAGGUGUUCUCCAAGUACUUGCCGAAGAAGUCGGACGCCUUAGAAAAAAAAUUGAUUCUAGCGAAGCAGGUCUUGUUGCCCGAAACGAUAUUAAGUUUGCUUAUAAACUUGCAAGAGAGGCAGUUGUUUCUCAAACCAGGAGUGCCGAUGGUGAAAAAAGUGAUGCCAACGACGAUGAUGGUCAUGAUGGUGAUAAACAUGUUGACGAUGAUGAUCAUGAUGACGAUGAUAAAGAUAAUAAUCCAUGGGCUUACGGAUGUGGUUGUGAUUGUGGUUUUGAUUAUUCCUCCGGUGACGUCGACAUCCACUCUGACAUUGACAUCGACAUCGACUCUUACAUUGACUACUUUAGUCUCUAUCUUUGGAUCAGCCUGAAAUUAAUAGUUGUUGUGAAACACUUUUCCGAAGUCUUGACAUACAGAUGUGAUUUGGGUAUUGCUGCUGGCCUUGUAGCCCCGGUUUCUGGAGAGGAGAUCAAAUCUGCACUUCAUGCCUUACCAAAUGACAAGGUGUCUGGACCACAUGGAUUCACGAAGGAGUUCUUUGUUGCUGCCUGGCCAAUUGUUGGGAAGGAAUUCAUCAUCUCUGUACAGUCCUUCUUCCUGUUUGUUUUUUUGCCCACAGGAAUCAAUGCAACGAUCCUAUCCCUCAUUCCCAAAUUAGAGGAGGCGCGGACUAUGAAGGACUAUCGUCCAAUUGCCUGCUGCAACCUCCUUUAUAAGGUCAUCUCCAAAAUACUAGCAAGGAGACUGAAAACGAUAUUUCCGGAUGCAAUUGAGCCAAACCAAACAGCGUUCAUCAAAGGAAGGUUGCUGCUUGAAAGCGUCCUCUUAGCUUCGGAGCUAGUCAACGGGUAUCACAGAACUACGCUAAGCAACAGAGCAACAAUAAAAUUGGACAUCUCCAAGGCCUUUGAUACUGUGAAGUGGUCGUUUAUCACCGCAGUUCUGAAAGCUAUGGGGUUGCCGAUACAGUUCAUUCAUUGGAUCAGGGUCCGUAUAUCUACGGCUUCGUUCUCAGUGUCUGUCAAUGGAAGCCUAGAGAGUUUUUUCACCAGUGCUAGAGGAAUACGACAGGGCAGCUCUCUCUCACCCUACUUAUACGUAAUCCUGAACAAUGUACUGUCUAAAUUGCUAAAUAGGGCCGCUGAGGCUCAGCAAUUUGGCUAUCACCCGCAAUGCCUCAAGAUGAAACUCACGCAUCUUUGCUUCGCUGACGACAUCCUAGUGUUUACGGAUGGUUCUGCUAACUCUCUGAAAGGAGUGCUGGAGGUUAUGAAGCCGUUUGCAGAUAUCUCGGGCUUAUGUAUCAAUGUAGCAAAGUCUUCUAUCUUCGCUACAGGGCAGAGCAUAACCCCUCUGAUGAGUGAAGCUACGAGCACAGGAAUUACAGUAGGCACAUUACCGGUGAGGCCGGCUUCAGCUAAUCAAGUCUGUAAUUGCUAUAUUGUCAAUUUCUGGAGUCAAGCGUUUAUUCUCCCCAAGGCUUGUCUAGAUGAGAUAGAGAGCAUGUGUAGUGCAUUCUUGUGGUCAGGUUCUCCGAAUCAGACGCACAAAGCUAAAGUCGCUUGGGAGGAUUUGUGCUGUCCCAAAGAAGAAGGGGGCUUAGGGAUAAGGAAGCUGCGAGACUCCGCUGCUGUGUUUGCUAUGAGUUUGAUUUGGAGGCUCUUCUCUAACGCGAGUUCACUAUGGGUUUCAUGGAUUCAACGUUACUUAUUGAGACAAAAUUCCUUUUGGGAACUAAAGGAGGAUGGAAAGGGAUCGUGGAUGUGGAGAAAACUAUUAAAACUUAGGGCGCAGGUCUACCAGUUCAUCAGAUAUGAGGUAUAUGAUGGUAAGACAGCGUUCUUUUGGUUUGAUGACUGGCUGCAGCAAGGGAAACUUAUCGAUAUAACUGGAGCAGCAGGCACUUAUCAUCUUGGCGUGGCUCGUACUGCUCGGGUGUGUGAUGCAGUCUCGCAGGAAGCUUGGAAUAUAAGAGGACAGAGAAGUCGUUUCUUCCAUGGUCUCUAUGAGCGAAUUCUCAGUAUUCCGGUCCCUCACCUCUUUCAGGGACAAGAUGUUGUGCUGUGGAAACACUCAGAUGGAGAAUAUAAACCUUAUUUUUCAUCGGCCAAGACUUGGGAGCAACUCAGAGAGAAAAGGAGCAAUGUGUUUUGGAGCAAAGGCAUUUGGUUUCCUCAAGGAGUUCCACGCUUCUCCUUCAUUGCGUGGCUUGCAGUAAGGAACCGGUUGUCAACGGGGGAUAGAAUGAGAGCUUGGGGAAUUCAUCAGAGCUGUAUGCUAUGUGGAGAAAGAGAUGAGACAAGGGAUCAUGUGUUUUUUGCAUAUCCUUACUCCUUCACGGUUUGGGAUACAUUGGUGAAUUGUCUGAGUGGCCACAGGACUGACCCUGACUGGACAGUAACGCUGCAGUUUGUUUGUCGUAACAGUCUGCAUGUAGUGGACAAGACGCUAGUGAAGAUGGCGUUCCAAAGUUGUAUAUACCAUUUGUGGAAGGAGAGGAAUGAGAGAAGACACGGCACUGGCUACCGUUCAGGAGAGCAAUUGAUCCGGCUCAUACACAAGGGGAUUCGAAAUGGGAUCACUUCUCUGCGCUACAAAGAGGAUCACAAACUGAGGGGACUGAUGCAAAGAUGGUUUGAAGUUACAGCUUAG